AUGGCUAGCUCCUGGAAGAGGGCAGAAGCCUCAGGACAGGGUCGUCCCCACCCCGCCUGCUGCGGCCCGGCCCUGGCUGCCCCCCCCCCCGAGAUCCUUCCUCACUGUCCCUGCUUUGUCUUCCUCCAGGAGCUCGUGGGCGAGGUUUUCAGAGAGCCCCUCAGCGAGGAGGAAGAGGAGGACUUCCGGCUGGAAGUGGCCUUGCCCCCGGAGAAGACAGAGGCGCCUGGCAGUGGAGAUGAGAAGAGGAUGGAGAAGGCUGGCGAGUCUUGUCCGGGCUCCAAGAAGCAGCUCAAGUUUGAGGAGCUGCAGUGCGACGUGUCAGUGGAGGAAGACAGCCGGCAGGAGUGGACCUUCACCCUGUACGACUUCGACAACAAUGGCAAGGUCACCCGCGAGGACAUCACCAGCUUGCUGCAUACCAUCUACGAGGUGGUCGACUCCUCCGUCAACCACUCCCCGGCGUCCAGCAAGACGCUGAGGGUGAAGCUCACCGUGGCCCCAGACGGCAGCCAGAGCAAGAGGAGCGUCCUUCUCCAUCCCGCCGAGCUGCAGAGCACCAGGCCGAGAGCGGAGACCAAGCCUGCCGAGGAGCUGCGCAGCUGGGAGAAGCAGCAGCGCGCCCCCCUCAGGUUCCAGGGUGACAGCCGCUUGGAGCAGGCCGGCUGCUACCACCACUGCGUGGAUGAGAACCUCGAGAGGAGAAACCACUACUUAGAUCUCGCCGGCAUAGAGAACUGCACGUCCCAGUUUGGGCCCGGCUCCCCUUCAGUGGCCCAGAAGUCAGAACUACCCACCCGCACCUCCAACCCCGCUCGAUCGCGCUCCCACGAGCCGGAAGCCAUCCACGUCACACACCGAAAGCCCCAAGGCGCAGACCCGGGCUCCUGCCACCUCCUUGACACCCCCUUCGCCAAGGUCUCGGAGCUCCAGCAGCGGCUCCGGGGCGCCCAGGACGGGAGCAAGCACUUUGUGAGGUCCCCCAAGGCCCAGGGCAAGAGCGUAGGUGUGGGCCACGUGGCCAGAGGGCCGAGAAGCAAGCCCCCUCUGGGACCUGCCGUCCCCGCGGGGUCCCCCUCCGCCCACCUGGCCGCCAGCCCGGCUCUCCUCCCCACCCUGGCGCCCCUUGGGUCCAAGAAGCACAAGCACCGAGCCAAGGAGGGCCAGCAGGGCUGCCGGGGCCUGCAGGCCCCGCUGGCCGCAGGCAGCACCGUUCUGGGGCGGGAGCACGCCAGGGAGCUGCCCACCGUGCUGGUGUAUGAGAGCCAGGCCGGGCAGGCGGUCCAGAGACACGAGCACCACCAUCACCACGAACACCACCACCACUACCACCACUUCUACCAGACAUAGAGCCCUGCCCCGCCCCGCCCCGCCCCUGGCACCUGCCGCCCCCCCAAGGCAUUAUUAUUCUAUUAAUUAUUGUUAUUAUGACGGUUAUUGUUAUUAAUAAUUAUUGUUACUCCACUAAUAUUUAGCUAGCCUUCAUGUAGAAGAUAUAUGGAAACACAGAACUAAACUUUUAUUUAUAUGUCGUGGGGACUGCAUAACUCACCCAAGAAAUGACUCUGGGCUUGGAAGUGGCCUGGAGGGGGCAGAGGCCCCCAGGCUGCAGUGCCCACAUGGAUCGCCUCCCACCCCUGCCAGCACCACGGGAGCCCUGGCCAAAACUCUGCCCCAUCCGGACACCCUUACCUGGCCUGGCUUCCAGAGACCCUUGAAGUCUCCGAGAAGAGAAACAGCUGCUACCUCUUAGUAUUAUUCUGAUUUUAUUUUGCCCUUACCUGAUUGUAACGUGCUACAAGGGAUUUCAACGGACUGCAGAUGCGCGGCCUCCUUGCUGUUGUGUUUUUAUUACGUCCCAACCUAGCAACCUUCGCUGUCCUUUCUAGAGUAUCUUUCAUGCCUUUCCAGUGGGCUCAUGCCCGAACCAGCCCCGUCUUCUCGGCCGUGCACAACACGGGGCUACUUCCCCCCACCCCACCCCCACCCUGCACUCCCAUUUAGAAAGACACACGCACAUAUUUCCAGUGUCCCUAAAACCAGCCUUCUCCUUUGGGAAAUCGCUAGAGAGAGAAGCAACCACAUAAAGCAGUUUGGUUUUGCAGCAUUGGGCAGUGGUGUGUCGGUUGUGAUGGAGGACGGGGAGCCUGGUGUGUUCCUGUUGGCAGUCAGACUUGUAGCUAGCCCGUGCUCGCCCAGCGUUCUGCAUCUCUAGGUAGAUGCCCGCUGUCCAUUCCUGUGUAUCUUCCUAUAAAUAUACACUCUCAGGUAUCUUUUCUGGUGUGCAGAAAUCAGUGCUGUGCUGCUCUGGUCCCUUCCUGGCCUCUUCUUGGGCCAGAUGGUCACCAAGGGCCAAAAGCUGCUUGCCGCUCACCAGAGCUCCUUUCUUUCUUGAGGCCUGAGAUCCAGCAGGUGUUGGAGCAGCCUGGAGGGAAAGGGGGACAGUGGCCAGCGUUGGGGUCCUGGUGCAGUGUCCUCUGUCUGGCCUGAACCUGGGGAGGCCAGGGAAGGGACCACUGCGUCACAGUUGGGGUCCUCAUGAAAAAUGGGUUGCACGUGCACGUUGGGUACUUUGAAGUGAGUUUAAUAAAGGGAAUACUGACAAAGUGGGGCAGAGGGAACGCAGACUCCUGGGCUGGCGUUGUGGGGGUCCUCAGGGGCAAGGGGGGAGGUUCUGCAGCAGGUGGGGCCAGGGUGUGGGGAAGACCCCAAAAGGAGCUGGGCCCUUGAGGGAUGCAGCCAGCCAUGGGAACCCUGUAGGGAGAUGGAUAUCGUGUCUCCACUCUCCUCACUCUGAAGGCACUGGGCACCAGAGGCCAGGGCAGCUUGUUGCGGGGGAUGGGGCGGUGGGGAGGGGGUGAUGGUGGAGCACGGAGGUGCAGGGACCGCGGAAGGAAACGCAGUUCCAACCGCCUUUCUGUUGCUUUGUCGCCCGACCCGGAUCCUCUUCUCCGGAGUCUUGAAUAUGCUUGGUAAGGAGUUAUUUCCAAAGGAAAGGCGCUUCCUUGUCACGGUGUUACUCCUCCUACUCAUUACUGGGGCGCCUAACCUUGGCAGGUGGUGGGAGCCCAUCUGCGGCUCAGAGAGGUGAAGUGAUUUGCUUGGGACCGCACAGCAGGGAGAUAGGGCUGGCAUUGUGGUGUCCCCUGCCGUCCGGCAGCCACUGGUGGGGGGCUCAGCCGCUGCGGCUGGGCCCCCCCCCUUGUUGGGGUUGUGGCUGAAGGCAGGAGGGGGCUGGCUUUGAGGAUCCGGGAUCUGAAUGAAGGUCCUUGGGCCUCUCUCUCUCUCUCUCUCUCUCUCUCUCUCUCUCUCUCUCUCUCGGGAGCAGUAAGUGUACCCCCUGCUUUCUUAGGGUCAGGAUCUCUGCGGCUGUCACUCUUGGACAAACUACUGAAGGAAAUGGAUCUUCCCUGAGGGCAAAGCCCAUGGGUGGAUUCUGAUUGGCUGGGCUCAGAGCAGGGACGCAUCUCUGGACCAAUCAUCAUGGCCCAUCUGGGGUCACAUGCCUGUGUGCAGCAGGGGGCGGGGUUUGCAUCGGAGGACAAUGGCGCAGUCUCCACACUGGUCAGGAUUCUGUUGUUUCCUGGGAACUAACGCGCCGGCUGUGUGGCAUGGCAGGGUAAACCUUUGCCUGUAUCGCCAGCAUGCCAAUUGGAGUCCCGGCUGCUCCACUUCCGGUCCGGCUCCCUGCUGAUAGCCUGGAAAAGCAGUGGAAGAUGGCCCAAGGUCUGGGCCCCCUCCCCCCCACCCCGCACUCACGCGGGAGACCCGGAUGAAGCUCCUGGCCCCUAGUUUCGGCCUGAUUUCCAUGAACAUUUGGGGAGUGAACCAGCAGGUGGGAGGUCUCUGUGUUUCUCCCUCUCUGUGUAACGCUUUCCAAAAAAAAAAAAAAAAAGUAAGCUGUGCGCUUGGACAGGUGCAAAUACACUAAGAACAUUUGUGGGAAGUUGGAAUUAAAAGAUAAGUUUAUGUUGGUACAAAGUAAAUUUCCUUCCGGCCUGGGACCUUUUAAGCACCCGCAUACCUGGGAGCACUCCCGCUUCCUCUCUGAAUCUGUGCUGUUCAGGUGAAAUUGGGUGCCUUGGCUUCGCCCUGUGAACCCGGCUGCCUGGCGGUGGGGGCGCUGUCCCAGGCUGGCUGGCGCUUCUUCCCAGGAACUGUCUCCUUUACACUUCACACUUUGUUGAAUUUUUUUUUUUAAAGAUUUUAUGUAUUUAUUUGAGAGGCAGAGCCUACUGCACCACAGCGCCGGCCCUUUGUUGAGUUUCGAACUAUGACAAACACCGAGUUAGAACAAAAUUGUGCCCCAGGCAUUGUGAACUCCCCGUCCAGAACUCGGCAUCUUUCAGACCUAUUUUUAAGACACGAAACCCUGCAGUUAGCUUAAUCUCCCACCACAUACCCUUUUAUUUUUACACGAGGAGUGCGGUAUCCACAUCACACCCUCUUUCCCUGCCGCCUCAUCUAUUUGGGGAUCUUCCGUCCUGGGUCACAGAGCCCCGUCCUCUUCUCUAGCAGCUGCUUGGCCACCCAUUGCUUAGAGGCCUGUCACAGGCCUGCCCCGUUCCCCACCCUGCAUCCUGGCCUGGGGUCCUCGGCCUGGGCUGUAGCAGAUGUGCUGCCCACUCCCUGAGGGUCCUCCUUUUUUUUUUUUUUUUUUUUUAGAGAAAGGUCUUCAUCCACUGAUUCACUCCCCAGAUGGCCGCAAUGGCCAGAGCUGAGCCAGACUGAAGCCAGGAGCCAGGAGCUUCUGUGGGUCUCCCAUGUGGGUACAGGGGCCCAAGCACUUGGGCCAUCUUCCACCGCUUUCUCAGGCCAUUAGCAGGGAGCUGGAUUGGAAGUGGAGCAGCUGGGACUCGAACCAGCGCCCAUAUGGGAUGCUGGCACUGCAGGUGGCUGCUUUACCACUAAGCCACAAUGCUGGCCCCUGAGGGUCCCUGUACCUGGCUUGUCGUCUCAGUGCCCACCACCAAGAGCCCUGGGGACAGAAAGUGACAGAAGAGGGCACCGUGAAACUCCAAGUUCAAGAGCAAGUGUGAUUUUAGUGUUGAUGCUAUUACAACAACUAUGCUAUCUGGUUGUACCAGAUAGACAUGGGAAGAAGAAGAGGAAAGAGAAGAAGGAAGGAAGGAGAGGGCGGGAACAAGGGAAGGGAAGAAGGAAGGAAAGGUGAAAAAAGCCAACUAGAAGGUGGCGACCUUGUGCAGCUUUGAACAUGUUUUCCCGCAGGCAGAGUUUGGCAGUGUUUGCAAAUCUGACAGCCACCCCAUGGGACAGUCACUACUGCACAGGGCUCCCCUCGGGCUGGGGAAGCUAGAGGGAGACAGGCCUGCGCUCGCUUGGCUGGUCACAGCAGGAUGUCCCAUUCCUGCUGAUGUGUCCCUGAGUGUGCUGGGGACGCCUGGCGUGUGGGAGGCAGAGAGCCCAGGGAGGUCCCCUCCCAGGGAGCAUGGCCUGAGCCUGGGGGCCUGAGGCACUUCACACCCAGCCAUGCCAAUUACACGUUCUGGCAAAGCAAACAGCCAGAAGCACUUUCUUUGGCUUCCUCCCCCUUUUUCCGCAGUGUUUAGAUCUCAGAUCAUUACGGGGCGGGGGGAGGGGAAGCAGGCUCAGAGGCGGCAGGAGGAGGGGAAGGCUGCGUGUACCUCCACCCAGGGCCUGUCAGGCCGCGCCACUAACAACCCGGCUUCCGUGAGAGCUGUCAGCGCUCUUGGCACUGAAAGGUGACCCUGACAGUGCUCAGUGCCAGCCCCGCCUGCCACCCUCUCCUGCUCCUUGAAGACGGGGCUGUGGAUGCCGGGCCUCCACGUCCCAGAGAAACCUCAAGGCAGCCUUGCCCUUGGCCAGUCCACCUGGGGCCCCGCCCUCCGGCCCUGCCUAACUUCCCUGGGCUCCCACCAGGAGGGCGGUGGGUAUGGACUCAUUCUCCAUAGCAGAUAGUGGCCCUGGGAGCAGCUGGCAGAGCCUGGCCAUCAGGUGGGCAUCCUUGUGCCUCCACCUUUCCCUGCAAAGCAGACGGAUCCUGGUACACUUGGGCCCUGAACCUGGCUGAGACAAGAAGCUCCCUGCCCACACCCGAGACACCCUGGACAUGACCUUGGUGCAGACUGGCUUGUUGGCGGGAGGUGAGGGAGGAGGGGGAGUAUUUCAGAAUCGUCAGGGGAGAGUUUUAAAAGCACGGGACGUGGAUCCCACCUGGGAAGAGGCUGGCUGGCUCGCUGGUCUGGGUGCGGCCCAAGUGACUUCCUCUGCAGCCCUGUUUUCACAGGAUGGCCUCAGAGGGCCCCUUGGUGGGGAUCGCCUAACUGCAGGGGCGGUGGGAAUCUCCUGGAGAGUGUUAAAUGCAGAUACCCAGGCCCAGUCCCAGGAGCGGGUGGUGUUUGGUGACUCUGCGGGUGGGGUGCGGGAGUCUGUGCUUUUAGCAAGCUUCCCACCCCCUGAAAGUACCGUUGCAACUGAAUCCCUAGGGAACCCCAAUGGCCGGUGCCUUGACACAGCAGCACAGAAGCCAGCAGCCUCGCCUUCAGGACGUGCUCAUUAGGGUGAGAGGGGAGGCAGAGAGAGCCCAGACCCCCACCAGGGGCCCCCCAAAACUCCCUGGCCCCAGUGGCCAUGAUUGCAUGGCAGGGCAAGACUGGAGAGCUCAGUAACUGCCCCUGCACUACCCAUCUCCCCACUGCUGUUGUGGAACUGCCGGCAUCGAGAGAGCCCCACUUAGUGAGACGCUGAGCGUCUUCCAACCAGGGCGCUUCCCCAGCGACCCCUGGGGCCUGGAAUUAGGAAGAUGCCAGAGACUUCUAGAAAAGGUCCCUUCCCAACCUUGGGCUUGCUUGGGGUCGCGUGGUCAAGGACAGCCUUGGGGGAUAGGGCGGGCUGCAACCAGCAGCUGUCUCACUUCCCUGCACUGCAGACCCAGGCUUGGCUCCAAGUUCAUGGGGCUCCUCCCAGGGUCUGCUUUGGGGGUCAUGUCUGGGCACACUCUCCAGAGAGCUCUUCCCAGCCCACAUGGGGGCCAGGAGGGGGGGCAUCUGAGGCUUGGAAGGAAGCCUGGGGUACGAGCAAGCCUUGGAGGAAUGGCCAGGGCCCAAGGAUGGGCACUGGGGGAGGAGGGCAGUCCAGGACCCAUGGGCCAUGGCUUGAGAACUCAAGGUGACAAGCAGAGUGGGACCCAGGCCUGAAGGGGCCCCAAACACUGAAAGAGCACCCCCAUCCCCACCCCUCCCCAUGCUCUGACCUCCUCAUGGUCCCAUAAAAUCACUCUCUUCUAGAUAUAAGGGGUCUUGAAAAAGUUCAUGGAAAAUUUAUAUCAGGAAAAGAA